CCCCGCCUAGUCCGCUCGUCGAUUCUUAUUUUCUCGCGUGGCCGUCGAUCUGUCGCGCCCUGUGAUACGAGCUUCCAAUAAACGCAUAACGCUAGUCCUUACCUCACGAGAGUGCAGUUUCUGUUCUGUGUUGCGUGUCACUUUGGAAUUACCUCGUCCCGCGUCUGGGAUUACUUCGCCUUUCUCUCGGCUUGUCGAAAGCUAGACAGAGCGAUGUCGUCGGAGUAUUCGUUCUGCAGUGAGGGUGGCUUCGACGAGCUCUCAAGCUCCUCCGAUUCCGGUUUCGACGUUAGUUUUGAGUCACCGAAGCACGAAGUGUCGACCGACACCCUCUUCGCCCCGGUCAAAGAAGAGAAGCGCAAGAAGACACGCAACUCUCGCUGCAAAAGUCCCACUCAGGUGCUGAGGCUGAAGAGGAACCGGCGGAUAAAGGCGAACGAUCGCGAGCGUCACCGGAUGCACACGCUGAACGACGCCCUGGAGCGCCUGAGAAUGGCUUUGCCGACCUUCCCGGAGGACACGAAGCUGACGAAGAUCGAGACGCUGCGCUUCGCCCACAACUACAUCUGGGCGCUCUCGCAGACCUUGGGCAACGCGGAGACCGGCGAGAUCACCGUGAACGUCGGCAACGUCACCGUCAGCAUCGGCGAGAACGGCAACAUGAUCACGUCGUCGACGGGUAGCUGCGCGGUGGCCGCGCAGAAGAGGCUCGGCCCGACGCACACCGGCUUCCCGUAUCCUCAGGAGCGAUUCGUGCCGGAAUGGCAGGAGUACGACUGCUACAGCGAUCAGAGCGUCAGUCCGCCCAUGCAGUACCAGUCCUGCUACGACCAGAGGAUGUAUCACCCUCGUCCUCAGCAUCAGCUACCGCCGCCGCCUCACCAUCACAUGGUCCACCAUACCAACAUGUAUCAGUGUCUUUAGACGCGGCGACGUUCUCUGUGCUGCGACUGAAAUUGACCAAUAUCGAUUCUGAUGAUCCGCCAGCUGGUCGUCGUUUCUCUGUACGCGUUACGAGCAAUGCAAAAGGAGAAGCAGUCGUUUCAUAAAUCAAUUAAGGGGGCUAACCGAAGAGGAAUUUAGAGGAAAGGUAUAAUCGUAGCGGACGAAGACGGGGCUUCAGGUUCAAAUGUGUUUCUGAAGAGCCAAUCUGCUUGUAAAGAAAGAACAGUGCUAUGAUUAUCGUUAUCUAUUUUAUAAGAGAGUAUUUUAUUUUAUUUUUAUUUUAUAAGAAGUAUCGCGAUGCUUACUGUGUCAGUCAGUUGGGGCGGUUCUUUAGUUUCACGUUCGACGUUUUGUUUCUGAUUUUUCAGUGAAAGAACAUUUCUUUUCCUCUUUUUUAUCAUCAGUCAUGAGACAGGGAAGGAUAUAAAGCCGAGGUGCUUUCGUGUGUCUGACAGAUUUACUUGAUUGCAAAUUGUAUCAAACACAUUUCUCUUUCUACGUUAAUCGGGAAAAUAUCUUUGUUGCGUGAUGAAAAUAAUCAAUCGAUCGAGGAUUAAUAACAAUUAAUAGAUCUGUUUAAUAUUUCUUUUUCUUGUGAUCAGUCAUAAGGAAGGUGGGUAAAAUGCAAAGCGGGGUGCUCUCGUGCGUCUAAUAGAUUAACUUCAUUCCAAAUACAGCACAUUUCUCUUUCUACGCUAAAUGGAAAAAUAUUUUCAUUUCGUGCUAAAAAUAAUUGAUCGAUCGGAAAUUAAUUAAUAAUGAAUAGAUAUCUUAUAUUUCUUUUUUUGUUUUUUAUUAUUGUAGAAAAGGUAGGAAAAGUAUAAACCGAGAUGUUUUCGUGAUGUGUCUAACAGAUCGAUUGAAUUCAAAUUGUAUCAAUCACAUCUCUCUCUCUCUCUCUCUCUCUCUCUCUCUCUCUCUCUCU